UUUCUUUUUUAAAUACAACAAAAUUCUCUUGCAUUUUCCUGCGGAUGCCGGUGGAAUCAUCGAUCUAAUUAAGCCCAGUUCUUUCACAAACUAGGCUGCUUAUUUGGAAAAUCCACCUCCAUUUCCCAAAAAAGAUCUACUUCUUCGGAUUAAAUUAAAUCUGUUUAUGCAUGCAUGCAUGAAAUUGUUUUAUUCCGUAAUUUUACGUAAUAAAACAAGUACAUACGUAUUUACUACAUAGAUAUAAUUAUAUCAUAUAUAUCAUUAUAUAUGGAGAAAUGCAAGGUCAUUGGUUUUGGUGAUUACCACCAUCAUGAUGAUCAAGAGUACACUCAAUUAGUAUUUGGAUCAGAAGCCAAGGAUGGUACUAAUAAUAUUAUUUAUCAGUUUCAUGAUGAUGAUGAUGAUUCCAAGUACAGUACUAGCGGAGGAGCCAUCAAAGUGGAGAAGCUUACGAGCUAUGUGAUAAGAUAUGUAAAGGCUGAGAAGCUAAGGAGCUUGCACCGGCUGAAGCUGUGGGCGGUGGGAUCGGCCACCGCCGCCUUCUUCCUCUGCGCUUGUCUGCUGCAGCUCACUACUCUCACCGAGUUCAUGAGAAAGCCCACUUCCAAUUUCCCCUCCUCUCCUCAACAGAUCGGUCUUCCUCCCCAAAGAGUUUAUGAGAGCAAUGGGUUUUUGCUUGUAUCAGCUAAUGGGGGAUUGAAUCAAAUGCGAUCUGGUAUUUGUGACAUGGUAGCAAUUGCAAGAAAUAUGAAUGCAACGCUUAUAGUCCCAGAAUUGGAUAAAACCUCCUUUUGGAAUGAUCACAGUAAGUUCGAAGAUGUGUUUGAUGUGGAUCAUUUCAUCACAUCAUUGAGAGACGAAGUCAGGAUAUUGAAGAAGCUUCCUCACCAUCUUAUUCAUAAUCCCCCAUUUUCCAUGCCUCCUGUCAGCUGGUCCAACAUGUCAUUUUAUGAUAAAGUGGUAGUUCCCAGACUGCAAAAAUAUGGAGUGGUUCACUUCACCAAAAGUGAUUCAAGGCUGGCCAAUAAUGGGAUUCCUUUAGAAGUUCAAAAGCUACGGUGCCGAGUAAAUUACAGAGCUUUGAAAUUUACUCCCAAAAUAGAAGAGACUGGCAAGAAGAUUGUAGAACUUUUGAGACGAAACGGUCCAUUCGUAGUUCUUCACCUCAGAUACGAAAUGGAUAUGUUGGCAUUCUCAGGUUGCUCUGAAGGUUGCAACACCAAUGAAAUUGAAGAAUUGACAAAACUCAGAUACGCGUAUCCAUGGUGGAAACAGAAAGAAAUAGAUUCCGCAAAGAAGCGACAAAUGGGAGAAUGCCCUUUAACCCCAGAGGAAACUGCACUGACACUGAGAGCCUUGGAUAUUGAUCCUGCUAUGCAAAUCUACAUUGCUGCUGGUCACAUCUAUGGGGGACAAAGGAGAAUGGCAGACUUAAAACUAGCCUUUCCUCAUUUGAUUAAAAAGGAGACAUUGCUAGAGCCAUCCGAGCUUGAGCCCUUCCAGAAUCAUUCCAACCAGAUGGCUGCUUUGGAUUACGUUGUGUCAUUGGAAAGCCAUAUUUUCAUUCCAACUCAUAGAGGAAACAUGGCAUUAGUCGUUGAAGGCCAUCGCCGAUACUUGGGUUUCAAGCCCACUAUCAUUCCAAACAAAAGGCUUUUGGUGUAUCUAAUAGACCAGUAUAGGAAUGGAAGCCUGAGCUGGAAUGAAUUUUCCCUAGCAGUGAAAAGGGGCCAUGCAGGUAAAUUUGGUAGCCCGACUCCAAGACUGGGGAUUCCGGGCAAACCAAAGGAGGAACAGUACUUUUAUAGUAAUCCAUACGAGUGUUUACCCCCAUUUGCUCAAAAAUCAUCAUAGACUACUACUAUAGUCAAGAUCACUAGUGUAAUAUUGUGUGCACAGUCAUCAGUUUUUACAGAAUGGUAUGCAACUUUUCAAGACUUGCUGUAAAAUUCAACUAUUAUACAAUUCUUCAUGAGAGUUUAGCUAGCAUGUAUUUAUCUUGUUAUAGACUACUACCAAGUGGUUCUGCAACCAUUUGUACUCUGCUUUUGCAGAAAUUUUGAUCGGCACGUUAUUUCACUUGGAAAUCAUAAUGAUUUAGUAAAAAAAUGUGUUCUAACACAUGACUCGAACCAAAUUAUCAGUAUCAGAUGGGCAUUUCAAAAA